GAGCUUCCCUUUGGGGUUGGGGAAGGCUAAGCAGAAGAGACGUUUGAGUUAAACUGCAAAAGAUGAAGAGGAUUUCGGGGUCAAACCUUCCAAGCAGCAGUCAGUAUGAGCAGAGACUUAGGAACCUGAGAGUGUUUGGAGAAGAAUCUGAGAAGCACUGUGGGUGCAACACUGUACUGCAAGUCAGUCAAUACGAUAAUUUAAGUCACUUCAACUCAAAUGGAAAAGUAUGAAAAACUGGCUAAGAUUGGAGAAGGGUCUUAUGGGGUUGUAUUCAAAUGCAGAAACAAAACCUCCGGACAAGUGGUAGCUAUUAAAAAAUUUGUGGAAUCCGAAGAUGACCCUGUAGUUAGGAAAAUAGCUCUCAGAGAAAUACGCAUGUUGAAGCAAUUAAAACACCCAAAUCUUGUGAACCUCAUUGAGGUGUUCAGAAGAAAAAGGAAAAUGCAUUUAGUUUUCGAAUAUUGUGAUCAUACACUUUUAAAUGAGCUGGAAAGAAACCCAAAUGGAGUUGCUGAUGGAGUGAUCAAAAGUGUGUUAUGGCAAACACUUCAAGCUCUUAAUUUCUGUCAUAAGCAUAAUUGUAUUCACAGAGAUGUAAAACCAGAAAAUAUUCUAAUAACCAGGCAAGGAAUAAUCAAGAUCUGUGACUUUGGGUUUGCACGAAUUCUGAUUCCAGGAGAUGCCUACACUGACUAUGUCGCUACAAGAUGGUACCGAGCUCCUGAACUUCUCGUGGGAGAUACUCAGUAUGGUUCUUCAGUCGACAUAUGGGCUACCGGUUGCGUUUUUGCAGAGCUCCUGACAGGCCAGCCACUCUGGCCUGGAAAAUCAGAUGUGGACCAACUUUAUCUGAUAAUCAGAACACUGGGAAAACUAAUCCCAAGACAUCAGUCCAUCUUUAAAAGUAAUCAAUUUUUCCAUGGAAUCAGUAUUCCUGAACCCGAAGACAUGGAAACUCUUGAAGAAAAGUUCUCAGAUGCUCAUCCAGUGGCUUUGAAUUUCAUGAAGGAGUGUCUGAAGAUGAAUCCAGAUGACAGGUUAACCUGUGCCCAGCUCCUGGAAAGUCCCUACUUUGAUUCUUUUCGAGAGGACCAAAUUAAAAGAAAGGCACGUAAUGAAGGAAGAAGCAGAAGACGUCAGCAGAAUCAGCUGUUGCCUCUCAUACCAGGAAGCCACAUCUCCCCCACACCUGAUGGAAGAAAACAAGUCCUCCAGUUAAAAUUUGAUCAUCUUCCAAACAUUUAGGAAAAUGUUCUUUCAAGUGGAAAGUAAUUUAAUACGUACACAUUUUUGUACAAGAGAGAUAGGGAUUCUUAGUGUUUCAAAUGCAAAUGAGCCAUAUGAAAAUUAAGAUGCUUUCUAGAAUUGUUUUGCUCUGAUCAUUACUGAUUUCUCUGCCUGUGCUUUUUACAUGCCAACUUUAUAUUUUAGAACGUUUUCUUUAAAUGUUAUAAAGUCUGAAACUGCACAUAUGGAGGAGACAUUUUCCAUUUCAUCAGAGCAGCCCCUCCUGAGGCGAUUUGUAUUGAGAAUUUGUGAGCUUAUGCUUUGAUUUAUGAAAAAGACUUGCAUAUAUCAUCUUGCUUCAGCUGACCACCUAAUGUCUUAGAGCAAUAUCAGAUAGCUUGCCUAGCUAUUGUUUGUGCAAGGAAUGGCAUUACGUUUCCGCAUUUUAAUUCACUCUUAUUGUAACCAAGUCUGUGAAAUAAUGCUAGUGUUUUAUUCUGUGUUUUUAUCUUGGUUUAAGAAAGGAACCUUGAAAUGUCGUCUAGGUUUAUUCCUUAAUUCCAGGGCAGACUCUACUUUCUCUGUUUCCUGAGACAUGGACGAUUCUAUUUUUAAAGCUAGGUAGAGAAAAGUCCAUACAUUUACAUAGAAAACAAUGGAUGAACUACAAGGAAUUACCAUUCUUGUGACGUAACACCUAGGAUAAUUGACUGCUGCUGUCCUUUAGUGCAUCACAGUUCCUUAGCCUUUUCUCCUCCUGACUAAAUCAUCUCAGUACCUAAGCAUAGCCUCCUGGGGUAUUUUCUCAAUCUCUCACUGUCAAGACCCUCUUCCAAACGCUUGCAUCUAUAGCCUGUGUAAACUUGUGUAGCCCUAGCCUUGUGCAUCUUGGUCAGGUCGGGUUUAUAAACACUUCCAAGAGCAGGGAGAUUCUCUCUCAGUUACCUUCACUUAGUCUCUCAUCAAACAAAACACCUCCAUAAGUGAGCCACUCUUUUCCCAAGUAAACUUGACAGACACACCCAUAAUGCAUAUAUGCAUGCAUAUAUAUAAAUACGUACUUAAAAAUUUUUAAAGAAUCAUAGUAAAUGCCUUUUAUCUUGAACAUCUAAAAAUGAUGCAGAAUAUUUGAAAGUACUUUUAGUUCAGUAAAAAGGAGCUCUUGUAAAAUAAUAGCGUGGGGCUGUCUAUCACCAUCUGUCGUAAAGGCACAAAACAGUGCUGUCUCUAUCAAUAAAUUUUAAGAGUAUUUCAUGAACUCUGUUCUGCUCCUGGAUCUAGCAUGCUCACCUGAACAUUGUCAAAUUUUGCAAAUAUGCAUAAUUCCAGAAAUUCCUGUAUUUGGCACCAAGACACCAAGCAUAAAUUGUUAUGAAGAAGAUAUAGUAAUACCUUAUGUUCAUCUCUAAAAGUCUAUUACACAUAUAAACGUGUCUCUGGAAACUUCCAGAGAAUCUCAUUCCGUUACUUGGGUGCAUCUCUUUAUUAAGGAAUCAUGACAUCUAAACAAGAGUUCCUUGCUCACUGGAAGGACAUUUCAAGUGGGCUUAUUUGGAUAUUUAACAUUCUUAGUUAUUCAUGUGACUAUAAGCUGCUAGGAUCUUUUUGUUUUCACCUUAUUAUCCAGAAUGUGCCUCUUCAUAUUUGACUGUUUCUUGAGUUUUUAGUAAGAUGAUACUACAAGUAUAAGGAAAAUGAGAAAUAAAAGAUAAAAGGCAACUCUGCUUAAA